GCUUUAUAACCUCCCCGAUCUCUUUCUUCGUCACCACCACGACGCCAUCGCCAUGAGCAGCAACCUCUCCGGCCUCUUCAGCUUAGCCAUCAAGAUGAAGCCCGGCAUGAUCAUCUCGCUCGACGCGUCCGGCCUCCCCGCGUCCUCGUGCCGCCGCCUGGCCGCGGUGCUCGCCCCGCUCCUCCUCUUCCUGCUCGCCGCCUCGCUCUCCUUCCCCUCCUCGCUCCGCCUCCUCGCCGCGGCCCCCCCGCUUCGCAACGACCCUUCUAGCUCCCCCUCAUCACCGCCGCCGCCUCGGCAGAGGGUGGCGGUGUGCCUGGUGGGCGGCGCGCGGCGGUUCGAGCUCACGGGCCCCUCCAUCGCGCGCCACGUCCUCCCCCUCACCGAUGAUGGUCGCGCGGUCGACGUGUUCGUGCACAGCCCGCUGGACGGCGACGCCUACAAGCUGUCGCUCCUCGCGCGCGCCGCGCCGCCCGGGACGGCGCUCGCCGCCGUGCGCGUGUUCCGGCCGGAGACCAUCGAGGAGACGCCGGCGCUCGCGCAAGUCCUCACGGCGGGCAACUCGCCCAACGGCAUCCAGGGCCUGCUGCAAUACUUCCGGCUGGUGGAGGGGUGCCUGGACCUCAUCGGCGACCGCCAGUCCCGCCGCAACUUCACCUACGCCUCCAUCCUCCGCACCCGCCUCGACGGCUUCUGGACCGCGCCGCUCCACCUGCCCGCCGUCGACGCCGACCACUACGUCAUCCCGGAGGGCUCCAGCUUCAGCGGUCUCAACGACCGCCUCGGCUUGGGCGCGCGUGCGGCCUCCCACGCCGCGCUCUCCCGCCUCUCCGUGCUCCCGCGCCUCGCCGCCGCGGGCUACCGCGACCUCAACUCGGAGGCCGCCUUCCGCGCGCAGCUCACGGAGGCCGGGGUGACCGCCCGGGAGCGCCGCUUCCCGUUCUGCGUGCUCAGCGACCGGACCUACGAGUUCCCGCCCUCGCCUGGGUACGGCGUGCCCGUCGCGUCGCUGGGGAGCCCCGGCCCGCUGAGUGGGGCUAAGUGCCGCCCCUGCCGCCCGGCGUGCCGCGCCGACGGCGGGUGCGUGGCGCGGCACUUGGCGCGGCUGGACCGCGGCUGGAGCUGGACGGAGUGGCGGAACGGGACGCUCGACCUCUGCGACGCCAGCGGGCCGUGGGAGGACGGCUGGGAGGCGCUGUUCGACGAUGCCGCCGGCGCCGAUGCCGCGGCGGUCAGACGAAGGGUGGCGCGGAUGGGCGCCAACGAGUGCGUGGAGGAGAUGGAGGCGUUCAAGGCGCGGGUGGAGCGGUGGGACGCGCCCAGCCCCGCCGAGAUAUGCAGGAUCGGGAUCAGAGCCCGGUCGGCGGCGGCGGGGACGACUCGCUCCGGCUCAUCUUUGUCGUCGGACGGUGACACGACUACCGACCGAGAGCAGCCUUGGACUCCAUGAGACCCUGACAGUUGGUUUUCUUUCCAGCUUGCCACCUUACCUUAGUAAACGGAGUUUCACAAGAACGAAAGACCAAGGCCACGAAAUUAAACAAUUGUAGAAAUGGAUCUUCUUCUGUACAAUUUUUUUACAGCUAUAGAGUAUAGAUCAACUAUGGAAUGGAUAUACACAUUAGAUAGAGAAAGCAGUGGCAUAGAUACACCA